AUGAAGCCACGACGCAAGACGUUGCUCGGCCUUGCCUACGUGGCGCUCUCGAUGGCCUGCAGUGUCUACUACACUCGCUUGUUAUCGCCGCACAUGGUCAACGACCUCUACUGGCCGUCGUUUGGCCUCCACGGCGCUCAUACGUACCUCUUGGAUCUCUACCGUGUGCAUCUUUGGACGGCAUCGAAUGGCUCCAUCGACGCGUUUGAUGCGUCCAACGCGCUGCUCAAGGACUACGACAAACCAUCGACGAUGCUCGACGUUCAGCCGUCGUACCCACGGGCGAUUCUCUUGAGCGAGCAAACGUCGGUACGAACUGCGGUCGAGGCGAUUCGAUCGCUGUCCGUCGAGCUCACGUUUAGCCUCUUCACGCAGUAUUGCUGGGUCGACGUACAAAAGCGCUGGGAGCUCGGACACACGGCCGCUCGUCAAGCCCGGUGCGCAGCGCAGUAUGCCAAUAACGCGGCCGUGAUCCUCGAGCCGCAUCUUCGCAUCGUCGAGUGGGCCCACUUCUUGGAGCGGUUCGAGACGGCAUUCAUGUUUUCCGUCGGCAACGCCGUGGUGGCGUCACCCGGUGGCGUCGACUGGCUAGCGAGCGUCCAAGAUGCAUUCGUCUCGGUCGAGGACGAAGUCGGCUUUUGGUUGUCGCAUGGGUUGACGCACUUUACGUUGCAGUGGGGCAACACGCUAACCAUUGGCAUCCACGAGACGCUCUCGGUGGUCGACGCGUUUGGUGGAGCGCAACAGCUCUCGAUCGCCAGUAUGACGCACAUGGGGCGAGGUGCCCUCUGGACAACAGGGAUCUUGUAUUGGUACCUUUUCGACGAUCUCUGGAUCUCGGCCAUGACGAAUGGCAGUCUCGUUCGCAGCGCCAGCAACUUUAUGGCCAACAACUCGCUCGGUCCGUCGGUGUCCAUGGAAGACAUGGCGGGCGUCUACCCGUUCACACCCGCGAGCAUCAUCGUGCACGACGCCCUCGGACCAUUCGUAUCGAUCGACAGCUUUUACGUCGCACCGCCCGGCUCAAUGCAAGCGUUCACGGCAGCGUUUUUACUGGGCACGGCGCUCGUAGCCGAUGCCUCGCUCCAGGCCACCUGA